GCCGAUCCAAUUCCGAUCGAGGUCAAGGCGGACGAGUUGUGGGAGAUUGGCGGGAGCCGGAGAGAGAUGGCGGUGAUGGAAAAGCUGAAGAUGUUCGUGGUGCAGGAGCCCGUUGUUGCUGCUUCCUGCCUCAUCGCCGGCGUCGGCCUCUUCCUUCCUGCUGUGGUGAGGCCCAUAUUGGAUUCUAUGGAAACUUCCAAGAAAGUCCCUCAACCUCAUAUAAGUGAUGUGGUUGCCGGGAUGACUGGUAAAAGGUAAGCAUGAGGUUGACCAUCAUGAAGUGCCGUCUCUCUGCUGUAUCUUCAUCGGCAGCCAAAUAAGUGUUUUGUUUCUUUGUUUUGUUGAUGCCUCCGCAUAAAUUUUCUUCAAUUGGAGCAGGAUUUGUAUUGAUGAUACAGUUCAUCUGAAGUUACUAUGUGCAUGUGGAGACGUAUUAGGAUAAUUAGUUGACCGCUCACUGCAGAUUUCUGCAUGGUUGUGAAGUUGUGAACACCAUGCAAUUUUCGGAAGAGGAUAAAUUGUUAUUGGAGAA